GGAGAAUGUCUGUAACAGAACUCUUGUCAGUUGCUAUUCUUCUGAGCCUUUUGAUGCUCUACCUCCUAAGACAAUUCUGGUUUCGUGGUCAUUAUCCUUCGGGCUGGCUUCCAUUGCCUGCCACCGGAAGCUUAUGGCAAGCUGGCCUCAGGCUUUACCAAGAGACUCUGUCCAAGCAGUUGAAAGAACAAAAUGACACCUCUGAGACCUCUAUGACUCCUUACAAUAGCAUAGCCAAUAACAAUGGUGGGGAUAUCUGGAAGCAGCAAAGAGAAAUUGGGCAGCUAAUUUUGUUGAAAGGCGAGAAAGAAAAGAAAACAGUGGAGAGCCAGAUUGAAGAGGAAGGCCCUCGGCUGGUGGAGACUUUUGCCCGUGUAAAUGGGCAGCCAUUUGACCCUUUGAACGCCAUCACCGCUUCCCUUUGCAAAAUGGUCUGGACUGUGAGUUUUGGCAACCGAUCCCCUCUUGAAGACAAAGAUCGCCAACAAGUGACAGACGCCCUUGAAUCUGCUGUAAAAUCUGGAGGGAGCUUUGCUUAUGUUUUACAUAAACAGUUCUCGUGGCUCGCGAACUAUUUCCCAGGGCCACACAAAAAUGCCCUGUCUAGCAAGGAGCUGGUGCUUUCCUUUAUAAAGAAGGCAAUACAGAAACAUAAAGAAGCACAGGCAGUGAAGGAGCCACACGAUUUCACGGAUUUCUAUCUGUUACAAAUGGAGAAAAACAAAGGUGGCCAGAAUUCUGCCUAUAAUGAAGAGAACCUGGCUGAAUGCAUUUUCAACUUCCUUAUCUCCAGUGCAGAAUCAACUGCAAUCACUCUGCAGUGGGCACUGCUGCUGAUGGCAUCUCAUCCAGAUGUUCAAGAUAAAGUCCAUAAGGAGAUAGAAAAGGUUUUGGGUUCUUCAAAUGCAGUUGGCCAUCAAGAUUGGAAGAAAUUACCUUAUACCAGUGCUGUGAUUUACGAGAUUCAGCGAACCAAACAUGCAUUCUUAUUCAGAAUUAUCAAACAAUGUGCAAAGAAUGUGAAUAUCUUUGGUUUUCUUGCUCCCAAGGGAACAUUUAUUAACCCAGAUCUGGAUUCAGCAUUACUUGAUCCCAAACUAUGGGAGACACCUGAAAAAUUCAACCCAAGUCAUUUUUUGGACAAGGAUGGACAAUUUGUUGACAAAAAACAAUAUCAACUCCUUGCUGAUGAGUCAGAUGGGUCUUUAGCAGAUAAAUUAUCAAGAGCUGAGUUCUUUAUCUUCUUUAUAAACCUGCUCAAAGCAUUCGUCUUCCAGUUACCAGAAGGAGAGAAAAAAACCAGUGAAAAACCUAGAAUUGGAUUGACAACAUAUCCUCAUUCUUACGAAAUCCGUGCUGUUCCUCACCGCAAGACAUCAUAAAUUCUAAUUAUGGAUAGCGCACUCCGAUUUUACAAUAAAUUUAUCCCUUUGUGAAGUCCAUCUUGACUUGCCCAAUUCAGUCUUGAGUAGAAAUUCACAAAACUUGAAUCACAUCUUUGAUGGAUUGGAUUGCUGGGUCUGUGAUGAUUGUCUGACAAAUUCUUCCUUGUUUGAUAUUACUAAUUUAAUGUACAAUAUUGGUUCUUUCCAAUGCAUAACAUUUUUGAUUAUGUGCCAUGAAGUCAUUUUUAUCUCUAGUGACUGCAUAGAUAGAUUUUCUCCAUGAUAAUGUAUCCCUAACCUGU